AUGGCUGACUCCGCUCAACCCCCGUCGGAUUCCGGAGCGACAACCUUUGAAGCUCCCCAGGCAGAGGAUCGGCAGAAAGGGGCGACGGUCCAUGUCCCCGAAGUGGAGGAUGGCAGCGGUCGUGUCGACGAUCAAAUCGUUGACAAGAAAGAGGGUCUUACAGAACAGGGAGAUGCUGCUGAGAGCACAGGUGAAGCUGGUUUGGAAAGCAAGCUAGCAAGUACGUCCGCGUCCUCGUCCAAGUCAACUUCAGCCGAAGGGAAGACCAAAUCUCAGGGAAAGGGAGCGAAGCUGCCUUUGGAACAAAUACGGCGUGUCGUUGACGACCCUGAAGUACCAGCGGAUGAAAAGAUCAAGAUACUGCAUUCCAAGAUUAUGGCGCAGGCACGGGAAGCUAAGGCUGGCGAGAAGGAGAGCGCAGCUUUGCUGAAGAAGAUCGAUCAACUAACAAGGGAACGCGACUCUGUGAUGGCCGAAAUGAGGAAAUCUGUCACGCUUCGUGGCAAAUUGGAGACCUUGUGCCGUGAACUUCAGAAGCAAAACAAGACCAUAUUGGAAGAAAGCAAGAAGGCUGCAAACGAGCAGCAGCAGAAACGAGAGGAAUUAUCAUCUAAAUUCCUCGACUCCAUCAAGGACAUCGAAGUAAGAUUGGAAGAGCAGGGAGCUGAAAGAUCAAGCCACCUUAAGGAAAAUCAGAUUCUUGCCGAGCAACUCAAGAAAAUACAAGAGCAUGCCGACGUGAAGGAGAAGUACUGGGCUCACCUUAUCAAGACGAAAGACCUGGAGUAUCAGCUGUUGGAUGCAAAGUAUAAGCAGCAAGAGAAGUUAAUGAUCGAAGAACGGGCUCUGAGCAAGGCAAGAGGCGAACAGGUCAUUGAUCUUCUCAAGACAGAAAAAGAGCUGAGGGGCCAGUUGGCGUUAUAUAUUGAUAAGUUUGAUCAAUUCCAGGGUACUUUGUCCAAGAGCAACGAAGUCCUUGGCACAAUGAAGAAAGAAAUGGACAAGAUGACGAAGCGCAUCAAGAAGCUGGAGAAGGACAAUUCUGAACUUCGAGCCAAGUGUGAAAAGUCAGAUGUUUCCCUUAUUGAGCUUCUUGAUGAGCGUGCGGCACAGCGCAAGCAGCUUGAGACGCUGCAGGCCCAGAAGCAGAAGCUGGAGGGGCUGUGCCGGUUAUUGCAGUCCGAAAGGAAGAAGUGGCAUGAACAGGCCCAAGAACAGCAGCGGCUUGAGCAGGACAGUGUGAGCGUGGAGGAAACUACCGCCGAUGCAGUUGAUUCCACAGACAAGUCCUCAGAUACGUUUAGAGCAGGAGCAACAAGUGAAAGUGGCGAGAGUAAUGGCUCUGACACACAGCAGGCAUCAACGGUUGUGCAGCCUUCAGCUGUUGUCGACGAUGGUGCAGCCAUACCAGCAUGA